UUGUAACUGUUAGGGCUAGAAAAGUUUCUGAGCGUCGUUGUGUUAAGAGGCUCGUCAGUUUUAGAAUUUGGCAUUCAAUAUUUCUUUUUUUGUAAUAAAGAUAAAUAAAUAUGUGGCCGAAUUUAAUAGAAAUCAUCGAAUCUGAUUUGAACAUCAAAGGCAAAUUAUCAUACAUCCAUUCAGUAAUCAACAUACAUGGUUUAAACAUAGAGACUGAAGCAGAAAUAAGUUAUGUGAAAAAGAAGAUAAAUGAAUUCUGUGGUGAGAGACUUAAAAGGGCAGAAGGUCUACUUUUGUUGUAUGCUGUUGUUCAUAGUCAUUCACCUUUGUAUAUUGAGAACUGGCAUCGGAUUGUGGAGGGCUCAUUAAAGUGUCCUAACUCUGUUAUUGCAAGAGAGAUUCCUUUGAAUAUUCUGAACAGAAUGAUUAUAAAUUUUGGCAGUGUUACAGAUUAUAGUGAAGUCUUUUCUAAACUUAUGAAUGAUAUUUUAUCAUUCCUUUCAGAGUCUGAUGGUGAUAAGAUUUACAAACUCUCCUGUCAGAGUCUGGCUCUCUACAUGAAAUAUUUGCCUGAAAUCGCUGGAAGUCGUAUAAAUGACAUUGAAGAAAUCCUCGUGAAGGAAUUGAACAAUCCUUAUGGAGAAGUUAUUGAGGCUAUAGGAGAUUGUUUUGCUGCUUUACCUACAUGUCUUUUGCGUUACCAUAAAACAAAUUCAAUCCAAUAUAAGGACACAUGGUGCAAUUUAAUUAAAAAGUUCUUGAAUACAAUGCAUUUAUCAUUAAAUAACCUGAUGAAUUUGUCUGAAGAUAUGAAAGAGUAUGUGGAUGUUUCAGACUUACCAUUGUUUGUCAUACCUUCUUCUGAUGAUAUUCCUGUUGCACAGAUUGAUUCAUUUAAAUCACUUUGUCAGUGUAUGGCUAAAGUGAUGAGUUCUGAAAGUGAUUCUGUCCGUCUGCCAAUUACUGAUGUUCUUGAGGCUUUGUUAAGAAUAUUCCAAGUUGAAAAGAAGAUAAAGGAUUCAAAUACAGCUGUACGUGGAUAUUUUAUAUUGGGUUUUCCACACUUGCUGUAUGGUGCAUAUGUAGUUAUCGAAGCUCUUAUUUUAAAUUUCCAAAUGAUGGAGCAAAGUCAUAAUUUCAUGGCUUUUAUUCGCAUGUCUCUUGAUGCAAUGGAGCAAACAUUUUCACAAUCAUCUGUGGAUCAGAUGAGAGUUUCAACGUGGAAACUUGUCAAUGUUUGGCUGAAGCAGUAUGGAAUGAAAGGAUCUUAUGAAUUAGUCAAAGAAAAGUCUAUUUUGCAAAAGAUUCUACUGGAUAUAGAUAUUGAAGGAAAACCUCUCAAAUCGAGUAACAUUGAAGAGAAGAAUCAAAAACCAAAUGCAAACAAAAUAUUUGCUUGUACUCAUGCUUUGAAAGUGUUAAAAUCUUUAUUAGAAGUUGGCAGUGCCUACAUGGAAAAAAGUUCUCUAAAUAAAAUAAGUUCUGCUCUUCUGAGAAUUUCAAAAUUGGUAUUGCGCCAUGUUUCACCCAAAAAAAUUUAUCCUUUCCCCUACUCUGAUGAUAAAUGUAGGAAAAUGUUAUUUGAUGUUCUUCAGACCUCUUUGAUGUUUUGUGAUCCAUCACUUAGUAGAUACUUCAUUGAAGCUUUCUAUAUCUUCAAAGCUGCUUCAAAAGAUCCUAGCACAAAGGUUACUCGAAUAUGCCAUAGAUUUCGCAAACUGAGUCGAUAUUAUUUGAAUCCAAGGAAGCCUCCUCCGGAGGCAGUGAAGUUCUCAAAUCAUAAUACGCUUAACAUUCAGCAGCCUGUGAUGGAGCAUUUGAAAGCUGAUUGGAUUAAAGGUGUUAACUUUCCUAAUGGAAAUGCCGCCUCUAGUGAUGAUCAGAUGGAUGAUGGCAAAGCUACUCAUGUGCAAGAUGAAAAUGCACAUUCUGAAAGAAUAGAAAGUGAGCAUGUUUUGAUGCCCAUAGAACAAGAAGCUGAUAGUCAUAUGAACCAUGAUUAUAGAAUUAUAAUACAGUCUAGUCAAUCUGUGGGGGCAGAAGAGUCUGUUGAUGAUUCAGAUAUAGAACCUACUUAUAUUUCCACCGAUUCCAAUCCCCAAAGAUUGGGUAUAAAUGAUUCUUCUCGUGUUGAUUCCUUUGGUUUGCAGUCCUGUAGUAACCAGUAUACUAAUGAAACAAGGACUGACAGACAAGCAGCUGAAUAUAUUGUUCCUAAUUUGACAAAUAAUGUUGAAAAUAAUAUUGAACAUGUUUCUUUUGUUGAAAAAUCUGCAAAAAAAGUCCAAAUGGAAAAUGGACAUUGGAAAAAAGAAGAUAGUGAAUCUGAUGAAGAUGAAAGUGAUAUGGAUGAAGAAGGUGAUGAGGAAGCAAAUGAAGAAAAUAGUGGCUGUGAUGAAACUUCAGAUGGAAAACGAUCACCAGAAUUUGAUGAAGAAAGACCUAAUAAGCGGCAGAAAUUCAUAGAGGAAGAGCAAGAUGAGGAAGAUAUGGAAGAUGAGGAUAUUGUGGUGAAUAACCAAUUGUUAUCAGACGAAGAGACUGAAGGUAAUCAUGUGCAUGUAUCAGAGGAAGAAGAAGGAAAUUCUGAAAAUAGUAUGGAAAAUACGGUGGUAAAUGCCAUGGAAAAUACCAUUGUAAAUGCCAAAGACAAUACCGUGAUAAAUGCUAUGGAAAAUACUGCAGAAAAUGCCGUGGAAAAUGAGGAUGAAAGCAUUGAUGAUGGAGUUCCAUCCCUUAAAGAUAUGUUUGGUGACUAUUGUCCACAAGAAGCGCAUGAGAUUAGAUGAAAACAUUAUAUAUGUAUAUGUAUCAUUCCACAUCUAUAUAAAACUCAUUAUCUUCAAACAUUAUUCAAUUCAUUCAUUUUUUAUCACUAAGAUUUACAUAACAUUUUUUAUAAAAAGUGGAUGCAGCAUCCAAUAUCUCAUGUAGUUCAUGUAAAAAUAAACCUUUUAAUUGUGUC